CCGGUUACGACCCUAAUCCCUAAGCCACCUACCUCCUCUUUAUUCUUUCACUGCAUCAUCACCGCCUUUUCUCUCCUCCUCAAUUGCUUCUCCAACUGCUCUCUCUUCUGUCUCUUACUUAACUCAACAAACCCAGUUACUCUCGCCUGCUUUCCACAACUCCAUUACGACUGCGCUUCCCUGCCCGUCUCUGCUACAUCCUCCACCAACUAAUCGCAUCGGUUAACGCUCCCUCGAUAUCUGUUGUCAUCUCGGCCAAUUUUUCGCUCCACGGUUCCCUUGAUUUACACGCUCCUACGUUUUCUCCUGCGAAGCAAGAAACUAGUGCUCUUUACACCCACUGAUUUAUAUUAUUCUUCGCAUCUGUCGCCAUUAGGCAGGAGGAGUUCAAGCAUCUGGUCAAUCUUCAGUAGAUUUUAUUAGAGCUAUUUAUGGAUCGUCGGCUUCAUGAUUAUGCAGCAGCUUCUGCGAUGGCAUAUGCUCAACAGCAGAGGCCACCACAUAAUAUUCAACAGCAGCAACAGUAUGGAUUUCAUACACAACAUCAACAAUUCCCUCCGCAUUUCAUGGGCCCGCAUCCUUCUCUCCAACAAUUCCCCUACCAUCACCACAUGCCACAGCAACCACCGCUUCACCCUCAUCCUCCUUCCCAUCAACAGAUGUUUAGUCUCCAGCAGCAGCAACAGCAGCAGCAGCCGCCGCCAGCUUUCCCUUCACAUGUUCCCCCUCACCUUAUUCCUUCUCCUUUUCUUGGUCCAUAUGAUUCUGCUCCACCCCCAGCUGCUCCCCCAUCCGAUCCUGAGCUCCAAAAACGCAUUGACAAGCUUGUUGAGUAUGCCACAAAGAAUGGUCCAGAAUUUGAAGCCAUGAUCCGUGAGAAACAACAAGAUAAUCCUGACUAUGGCUUUCUCUUUGGGGGUGAAGGCCAUGGCUACUACCGAUACAAGCUCUGGUUAUCUGCACGACCCUCUGGUGGCCCCUUUAAUCUCUCUUUUCCACCAUCUUCUCUACCUGUGAUGCAUCCCUCACAAAAUCCCAUGAUGAAUCCUUCUCCUCUACAUGCUCCUCCUAUUAAUGCUGCACCUGCUGCUGUUGGGGCUAUUGGUGCCCCUCAAAUGCAUCAACCUCCAUUUCCACCAUUCUAUGAUCAGCAACAGCGUCUUCAUCCUUUUGCUGGCCAGGGUCGUACAGAUUAUGAUCAGUCUAGUUCCUACAAAGGUCUGGCUGGUCCACUCCCUUCUGAUGUUGCAAUGGAGCUUAGCAAUGUACUUACUAAUCUUAACGGAACCAAAGAGUCAAUUAAAAGUGCCAAGAUUUGGUUCAUGCAGAGAGCUCCCUUUGCACCAGCUUUGGCGGAGGGACUUAGGGAUAGAGUCUUUACGUUGGAUGAUUCUGAGAGGCAAUUGCAUAUAAUAUACCUUGCCAAUGAUAUUCUAUUUGACAGUUUGCAGAGGCGGAUGAACCCUAAUGAACUUGAUAAUGAAGCUCUUGCAUUCAAACCUGUUUUAGGUCCCAUGCUUUCUAGGAUUUACCACAACCCUCAGAAUGAGGAAAAUCAGCCACGAUUGCAGAAAAUUCUACAGUUCUGGGCUUCAAAGGAAGUUUUUGAUCAGGACACUAUUUAUGCCCUUGAGGGUGAGAUGAAGGGUGGACCACAAACCAAUGUGUUUACUGGGCCUUCAAGAGAAGCAGCAGAUUCCUUGACGUCUGCAGGGAUGACGCAGCAGCCAACAAACCAUAAUGUCUCACAAUGGCAACCUGAUAAGGUAGGUUCUGUUGCAAGUGUCAUGGAUCAAGAACAUACUGAGAAACAAAUGCCCUUAUCCAUGCCACCACCUAUGGUAAACCAGCAAUUUUUCCCAAAUUCAGUUUCUGGUCCUUUUCCUGGGUCAUUGCCAAUAGAUUCUUCUGUCCAGCCAGCAAGCCAAUUGCCACCACCAGCCUCAAAUGUUGGUGAAAAAUUGCCACCAUACCCCCUGUUCCCACCCGGUCUGAUUCCUGGGAUGGUCAGAAAGAUGCAGAUAGGUAGUGGGGUGCCGUACUCCCCCUUAAGUCCUUUGGACAUCCCAACAGUUAUACCACCAUCCAGUAUAUCACCCUCAGAAGUCCUUGAGAGGGUAUCGAAGUUUUUUAAAGAAAUUGGAGAGAUUAAUCCAUCUGAAGGUCCCAUGAACUCUGAUUCGAAGGAUGAAGAUGAUGAAUAUGAAAGGGAGCGCCCGGUUCGCAAGGGAGGGGCUUGUAUCCCUCCACCACCUAACCUUCAGGUGGACCCAGAAACUGGAACCUUUGCUGAUGGAAGCGUAGACCGGAAACCAGGAUCAAGUGGCUCAGGAAGAUUAGGACUUGGGGCAACAGCUAAUCCAAAUGAGGCAAGUCAAUAUGAUGAUGUUUAUACUUCGUAUCGGAAACAGAGAAGCACCACCUACCAUUCUUCUAUGAGUGCAAGAGCCGCUUCGAGAUAGAAUCCUGUCAACUAUCUCAUUGAUGGUUGUUAAGAACUCUCAACUAAAAUAACUCAUCAUCUUCAUAUCAACUAUUCUCUUUUCAGUUUUGACUUUGGCCGUCUAAGUAGUUUUUGGGAGUUUGAAAGUUACUACCUUGCCAUGGAGGGACUUCACACCAGCAUGGCAAAAAUCCCGCUGUAUGGACGAAACCUGUUAGGUAUGUUAUGUUAUUGUUGUACUUAUUACUACUACUGGUAAGGGGUGUUAUUGUACUGCCCUAACAGGGAUGGAAUAUGUUAAGAAUCUUUGAUCAGAUGGAAUUGCCAAAAUUUGCAAA